AUGGCAUAUCCACAACAAUCAUCCAUCCAAACCACCUUCGCCCCCUUCUCCUUCUGGAACCGUCGGCGAACCGUAGUCCGCAAGAACACUCUCCUCUAUCAACUCAGCGUCCUCAAGAAAACCGGCCGCUACGACGCCUUUCGAUUAAAGUGGCACCCAAUCUACGACGACGAAGAUCCUCUCAAUUGGCCGGUCCCAAAGCAUUUAUUCUGGGACUCCGAUGUGGCUAAAUGGAUCGAAAGCGCUUGUUACUUUCUAAGGGAGGAGCAUGAUAAAGAGAUUGAUGAUGCGGUCCAAGAGCUCGUCGAGAUGAUCGGGAAAGCACAGCAACCUGAUGGAUAUAACGCCGGUCACCUCAUCGAAGCAGCCUACAUCCACCACCUCCAUUACCAAAACGACCUUCUCCUCCGCCCCAUCACAAAAUACAUCUCCCUCCUCUCCCAAACCUUCGGCCCCGGCCCCCACCAAAUCCACGGCUACCCAGGCCACCCCGAAAUUGAACUCGCCCUCCUCCGUCUCUACUCCAUCACCCACGAACCCACCCACCUCAGCCUUGCACGGUAUUUCAUCACCGAGCGCGGAAACCCCCAUGGAGUGGAUGGAAAGCACUUUUAUUCUGCCGAGGCGGAGAAGCGAGGAGAGAAACUAAUGGAACGCCAGAACCCGUGGCCCAAAUGCAGGAGUUUCUGGUACAUGCAAGCGCAUAAACCAAUUUUGGAGCAAGACAGCGUCGAGGGCCAUAGCGUGCGGGCGAUGUAUCUGCUAACCGCCGUAGCGGAUUUGGUGCGGCUCGAUGAGGAGAGCAAGAACUAUUCCGGCAAUGCCAACGGCAACGACAGUGCAAUCACCACCCCCAAUGGUGGUACACAAACCACAGCCACCCCCUACCGCGACCCCCUCCACCGCCUCUGGCACAACAUGAUCAACAAGAAAAUGUAUCUCACCGGCGGCAUCGGCGCCAUCCACCAAUGGGAAGGAUUCGGAAUCGACUACUUCCUCCCCCAAGGCACCUCUUCCGGGGGCUGCUACGCCGAGACCUGCGCCUCGAUUGGAGUCAUGAUGCUGGCCGAGCGACUCCUCCAGAUCGACCUCGAUGGGAAGUACGCGGAUGUCAUGGAGCUGUGCUUGUACAAUGCGGUACUGACGGCGAUGAGUCUGGACGGGACGAAAUUCACUUAUGUGAACCAGCUGGCGAGCUCGGAGGAUGAGGAGGGCGGGAAGGAUGGAGGGGCGGGGGAUGGAGGAAAUGGGGGGAGUAGUUUGAGUAAGCGGGAGGCGUGGUUCGAGGUUGCUUGUUGUCCGCCUAAUGUAUGCCGGACGAUGGGGAUUCUGGGGGGGUAUGUCUGGAGCCAUGGUGAGGAUGAGGGUGGGGUGUUCGUGAAUGUCCAUCUGUAUACGUCUGCGAGUUUGGAGUUUCAAGCUGGAGGAGGGCAGAAAAAGGUGGAGCUGAAGCAGGAGAGCAAUUGGCCGUGGGAAGGAGAUGUGAAGUUUGAGCUGAAGACAUCUUCGGAUAUCCCGGUGACGAUCAGGCUUAGGAUCCCGGCGUGGGCGGAGGGGUAUGAGAUCUCACCUUCCCUCCCCUCCGCAACCACCAUCCAAAAAGGUUACCUCACCCUCCCCCCCUCCUACACCUCCCACCACCGCACAUUCACCCUGUCCAUCUCCGGCUUCACCCCGCGCCUCAUUCGCCCGCACCCCUACACCGCAUCCGACAUCGUCGCCGUUGCCCGCGGCCCCAUCGUCUACUGUGUCGAAGACGUCGAUAACCCGUGGGUCACGAACCAUUUCCGGGAUGUGGCAAUCGAUACCUCUGUGCCCUUGCGUUUGCUCGAAGUGGGUGAGAAGAUAGGAGGGAAGGAGGAAGAGGAAUAUGUGGCGAUUAAGGCACCGGGGGCGGGGGUGUUGCUUGAGAAGGAGGCGGAGGAAUGGACGCUGUUUGGUGGUGGGAAGAAGGGUGGGGAUGGGAAGGACAAGGAGGAGGAGGGAAGGAGGGAUUUGGUGUUUGUGCCGUAUUAUGCGAGGGCGAAUAGGGGCGGGAAGGGGAUGAUGAGGGUUGGGCUGAGGGUGAUGCGGUAG